AUGGAUUUAAGUGAAGAUAUGAUUGCAUUUAGAUUCGAAAUCAGCUACGGAUUAAGUAUUUAGAGUUUAGAAGACUUGACUAAUAAAAUAUAUAUUGUUCACAAAGCUUACUUAAUCAGCCUGACUCAAACCAGUUAGGAAUAGGUUGAUUUAGAUGUAGUAAAAUGUAAAAGUCCUACUUUAGAAGGUUAUUACUGCCUUGAUCUUUCUAAGUUACCCAACUCAAGCUUAUACACAGACAAUAAUUAAAGUAUUUAGUCGUAUUUAUAAAUUAGCACAUAUGGAUGUUUGGAUACAGAUAAUCUAAAAACAACCAUUCCUUAAAAUUGUGCUUCUGCUUAGGAAAUAAAUAGCGUAUUUAAUUCAUAAUACUCAGGCAUUAAAAUAAAAAUAAAGACUUCCUAAUUUAAUACAACUUCUAGAUCAAUUGAAACUAGCUAUAGAAGCACUAUUAUUAACACUUUACAAAAUUAGAUAUUUUUAACUUCAAUAAAAAUUCAAUAGCAAGUAACAACAAUCAAAGAAGGCUACCUUUUUUAGACUGAAACAAAUUUCACAUCAGCGCUUUCAUAUGGAGUUGAAAGUUAAAGUUUAUAAUAGUAGCUUGCAAAAUAAUUUUAAAAUUUAGGAAGUAUUAGCUAAGCUUUAUUGGAAGACGUGUUUCACGAAAUUAAAUGA